GCUUUCGCCGUAAAGCGCCGCCAGCGAGCCCACGUGCUUGUGUUGACUGGACAACUUCCUGGUGAAAAACGCGACUCUUGCAAGUGGGGAAACUUGACGUUUUCGCUAUGGGCAAACGCGGGAGCCGGAGCCAGAGCCAGCUACUCAACACCCUAACUAAAAAGCAGAAGAAACAUCUUCGAGAUUUCGGCGAGGAGCAUCCCUUCUAUGACAGGGUUUCCAGAAAGGAAGCAAAACCACAGAUUUGUCAACUGUCAGAGAGUUCAGAUUCUUCAGAUUCUGAAAGUGAAUCAGAGAGUGAACCAGAACAAGUUUCUGGCUACCACAAACUACUUGCUACAUUAAAGAAUGUUUCUGAUGAAGAAGAGGAAGAUGAGGAGGAAGAGGAAGAAGACAGUAUUGUAGAUGAUGCAGAAAUGAACGAUGAAGAUGGUGGUAGCGAUGUCAGUGUGGAAGAAGAGAUGGCUGCAGAGUCUACUGAAAGUCCAGAGAAUGUAGCUUUAUCUGCUGACCCUGAGGGAAAAGAAGAUGGGGAAGGGCCACCGGGCACAUCACAAGCAUCCCCCGAAGAGUUCACAGAUGCAAAACACGAGUCACUGUUCAGCCUGGCAACCAAUUUUCUGGAAGAGGAAAGUGGAGACAACUCUUCUUUGAAAGCAUCUCAAGAUCCAUUUCUUCAACAUGUGAACAAAGAACUGAAGGAAAAAGAAAUUCAGGCUGUUGCCACAAAUCCCCAAACUACCCACGAGCUUAAAUGGCCUAUUCUGGGCCAGCUUGUCUUUUCCUCUAAGUUUCAGAAGUUGGAAACGUGUAAACCCCCAAAGGAUAUUGACUUAAAGUCACUUCAUCUCCAGAAGCCUCUGGAAUCCACCUGGACUAAGACCAACAGCCAGUUCCUAUCUGGUCCCCAAAAAUCAAGCAGCCCAUUCACCCCCCUCCAGAAAGAACUCUUCUUAAUUAUGAAUUCUUACCGGGACCUGUUCUACCCAAAAAGGACUGCUCUGAAGAACGGGGAAGAGAUCCGCCAUGUGUAUUGCCUGCAUGUGAUAAAUCACAUCCUGAAAGCCAAUGCCCAGGUGCUUGGCAACAAUAGCAGACGCCGAAGCCAGAAGUUUGGAGUGGGUGAUGAUGAUGACUUCAGAGACCAAGGGUUAACAAGGCCCAAGGUACUGAUAGUGGUGCCAUUCCGGGAAGCUGCUUUGCGGGUGGUGCAGCUCUUCAUCAGCCUCCUUGAGGGUGACAGCAAGAAGAAAAUCAUUGUGAGCAACAAAAAGAGGUUUCAGGGAGAAUAUGGAUCAGAUCCCGAGGAGAGACCACCCAACUUGAAGAGGCCUGAGGAUUAUGAAGCCGUAUUUGUGGGCAAUAUUGACGACCACUUCAGGAUUGGAGUGGCAAUACUUCAGAGAAGCAUCCGACUCUAUGCCCCAUUUUACUCUUCGGAUAUCCUCAUUGCUUCCCCCCUGGGCUUGAGGACCAUCAUUGGUGGAGAAGGAGAGAAGAAGAGAGAUUUUGACUUUCUGUCUUCUAUUGAGCUUCUCAUCAUUGAUCAAGCUGACAUUUACCUGAUGCAGAACUGGGAGCAUGUCCUGCAUUUGAUGAAUCACAUGAACCUACUACCCCUGGACUCACAUGGGGUAGACUUUUCUCGAGUGCGGAUGUGGAGCCUCAAUAAUUGGUCCAAAUACUAUCGCCAGACACUGCUAUUUGGGGCCCUUCAGGAUGCCCAGAUCAACUCAGUGUUCAACAAGUACUGCGUCAACAUGCAAGGCCAGGUGGCCGUGAGGAAUGUCCCAAUGACAGGCUCUAUCAGUCAUGUCCUGGUGCAGCUCCCACAUGUCUUCCAGAGGAUGGAAGCUGAAAACCUAGCUUCAGUGAUUGAUGCCAGGUUUAACUUUUUUGUGAACAAGAUUUUGCCGCAGUAUCGUGAUGCAGUCAUGUCUCACACGCUCAUCUAUAUCCCCUCCUACUUUGACUUCGUGCGUCUUCGAAAUUACUUCAAGAAGGAGGAACUGAAUUUUACCCACAUCUGCGAGUACACGCAGAAGUCUGGUGUCUCCAGGGCCAGGCACUUCUUCCUUCAAGGAGAGAAACAGUUUCUACUUUUCACAGAGCGCUUCCAUUUCUACAAAAGGUAUACAAUAAAAGGCAUCAGGAACCUGAUUUUCUAUGAACUGCCGACAUAUCCACACUUUUACAGUGAAAUCUGUAAUAUGCUGAGAGCCACCAAUAGAGGAGAAGAGGCCACGUGGACCUGCACUGUUCUCUACUCCAAGUAUGAUGCCCAGAGGUUAGCUGCCGUGGUUGGUGUGGAGCGGGCAGCACAGAUGCUACAGUCCAAGAAGAAUGUCCACCUCUUCAUUACUGGAGAAAAAUGAAAUUUUGUUGGGCAGAAAGUGGUAUUUGGCAUGAUACAUAAUGUUUGAUUCUAUGCCAUUUGGACCCAAUUCUGAUUACUUACAGAAGGAUUGCUAGAAAGCGCAUAGGCAAUGUCAGUAUUAUCUGACAUCUUUCUUUUCAGGUCAUGUGUCCCUGAAAAGUUAAAUGUAAACCAGAUUUUGGUAAAUCACAUCUUUCAGAAGUGAAGAGGGGGCUAGAAGGACUCUGAGAAGUUGGUAGAAGAAAACUCCCACUGGUGAAUAUUUUUGUGAGACAUAAAUUCUUUUAUUACGAUUUACCUCUAAUUUAUUACACUUAGUAAAUUCUUCCAGAUUUUUCUAUUUGUUUGACACUUUCUUAAAGUAAGGAAUACACAUUGCUUGCGAGAACUGGUUAUGAGACAUUGGAAUACUUCUUGCUGCUACACGUCAUCUUAAUUUUGGAUGACAUGGGUUUUGUAAAACUUAUUUUGCCCCAGCCAAACUUUUUUGAAACCUUGAAUAGUCUACCUUAAUUCAGUCUAGAAGAGUACAUUGAUUCACUGAUCUUUUUUUAUUUUCAUAAUAGUAAAUGUUUUAGUUUUGUUCAAAUAUAUGCUUAAAAUCACGUCAUUUAAAAAACAUAUCAACUCUGUCUCAAGAAGUAAUUUUGUUGAAACUCCAUGUUAAAAUAUCCAUCUUCAACAGUAGUGUCUUCAUAAUAACUAGUCAUUUUUUGAGUCAUAAAUAGAUGCAAAUAAAAAGGAAAUUAUACUUUAAAAAAAAA